CGGCGGAUCAUAGAAAAUGUGCGCGGACGUGAAAGAUGUAAACAAUAAGCGUGGUUUCUUAAAUGUUUUUGAAACAACUGUUUAUUGAUGCGUAUUUAUAGUGUUUUACUAAACGGAGACAAACUUAACUAAAGGGUAGCACAAAGGAAACACCUUUAUUUUUGUCUCUUUGUUAAAAGUAAAAAAUAUAAUUUCAAUAUGAGGUAUUGUCAACUCGUCAUUGGACCUGCUGGAUCGGGAAAGUCUACUUAUUGCUCUACCAUUGUUAAAUAUUGUGAAGAUGCUCAAAGAGUAGCGAAGGUUGUAAAUCUUGAUCCUGCAGCUGAAUAUUUCGAUUAUCAACCUAUAAUUGAUAUACGAGAGUUGAUUCACUUGGAUGAUGUUAUGGAAGAUACAGACUUGCAUUAUGGUCCCAAUGGUGGCUUGGUUUUCUGUUUAACAUAUUUCAUUGAAAAUCUAGAUUGGCUUAGUGAGCAGUUAGGAGAAGAGAAUGAUGAUUACAUUUUAUUUGACUGCCCAGGUCAGAUUGAAUUGUAUACUCACCUAGAUGUGAUGCCUAAGCUGGUCUCACAUCUUCAUCAGAUGGAAUUCAAUAUUUGUGGUGUCUUCCUGAUUGACUCACAAUUCCUGAUUGAGCCUUCGAAAUUCGUGUCGGGUGUCAUGAGCGCUCUGUCGGCCAUGGUCACAUUAGAGAUACCGCAUCUUAAUGUUCUCUCCAAAAUUGAUUUACUCAGCAAACACACAAGGAAACAACUAGAAAGAUUUCUGGAUCCUGAUUUACAGUUACUUUUACAAGAAGAAGAACAAGCUUGCAAAUGGGGGAAAAAGUUUUCAAAGCUAAACAAAGCUAUUUGCAAUUUGCUUGAAAGCUUCAGUUUGGUUAAAUUUCUGCCAUUAAACAUCAAAAGUCAUAAGAGCAUAGAGGAGCUGCUACUUUCGAUUGAUAAUGCCAUACAAUAUGGAGAAGAUGCUGAUGUCAAAAUUAGGUACCCUGAAGAAGUAGAUGACAUGGAAGAAGGCUGAUGAAAACGUUUGAAGAAAU